CCUUCACAGGCGGGGUUUCCGCUUACGGCUUGAUCGUAGGCACGUAAACAGAAUUCCUCUGUACACAUUCGAUGCAUUUCUAAGUGUAGCUCUGUUGUUUUAAGAAUGUGAAUCUGACAAACAAAACCGAUCAACUCCGAGGCUUUCCCACAUCAACAGAAAAGAUUUGUAGGUUUCAGGUGUUUCCGAUCAUGGAGAGCUUCACACUGGUACAGAUGUGCAUCAGGACAGUGGCUCAGAAUAUGGAUGUGCUGGAGAGUCAAGCUGGGGAUUUGCCGUCCUCUCUUCUUCAAGAAUUGAUGCCUCACCUGAACAUAUAUUACUUGGACAAGAUUGAAAAAGUUGCUGAUCUGAAAGGAGUCUCAUGUUCAUCAGCUUGGGCAGCAAAAUGGAGGGAACUGAAUCGCACAUGGCGCUGGAAGUUAAAGUUUUUGCAGCCCGAGAAGGAAGACUGGAAGCAGAUGUGCUUGGAGAGUUAUUUUCACAAGGUGCUUUUUAGAAAGUCGCAAGCACAUAGCCCCGCGCUUGACAUGACGGAGCUCUCUGUGGCAGCCAAGUACGUGCAGGUUCUCUCUCUCUUUACGCUGCAUGAUGCACUGAGGUUAGCCUCAGAGGAACUACGGCUCAUCCUGUCCAGUCUGGAGACGGUGGUGAGGACACUCAGGUUGCUUGACGCCAAUGUGUUGCUCAAACACAGAAAGUCAGAGGUCCUCUUCGUUUUGCACCGUCUUCUCGACCACGGCUCAGUUAAAAAACUAGUUCUGAAGAGGACUCCGGAUUCGCGUGUCUUCAGAUGGAUUAUGUCCAGAUGUAAGGGCUCUAGCAGGAUUGAUGAGGGUCCUGCAGAACCCAAAUGUCCUCGGCUGCAUCUGCCCAUGGACGAGAUAGAAUACAGCCAGUUCUGUCCCUCAUGUAGCACUAACGCCACGUGUCCUGAGGGACAGAUACACUCAGCAGACCUGGAGUUUUGUUUGACUGCAACGGCUCGCCUCCUGCCUUCCUGGAUUGGUCUCCGCUCACUUCAUCUCAGCCCUACUCAGUUUGUUUGUAGGAAGGAAGUGGUCGACUUGGUGGAGUCUCUCAGAAAGCUUUUCCUGAAUCCACACUGUGCCCUCAAAGACCUGAGUGUUGGUAACAUGUAUAUUCAGCAAUAUAUAGUCAGCUUGCUAAUUUCCUGCCCCACACUGCACAGCCUGUCACUGGAAAUCGGCCCACGGUGGGACUACAGCACCACAUCCAGUGUGCACUUCACACCGAAUUUGCAACUCUCUCUUGAGAAACUCACCUUAAAGGCAGGCGAGAUCCAGACGACGCUUGAGUGUUUACCCACCAUGCUUCAACAUGCUCCCAAUCUCCGCACUCUUUACAUCACAGGAAUACGUCAGGCUCAGUCCUUCCUACACAUGUUGCCAGAGUCCAAUCCCUCCUUGAAAGUACUGCUGCUGGAAGACAUGAACCUGGCAGACUGCCACCGUGAGAUUAUUUAUCUUCUAGAGAACUCCAUGUUGGAAGAGCUGUCCUUGAAAGACUGUAGGCUGUUAGAGAAAUGCCCAGAGAAGAAAGACUUCCUGAUUCCAUUUGUAGCAGCUGCAAGGAAUCUUUGUUCGCUUCACUCUCUGUCUCUGUCUCAGAAUCGGCUCGCUUCAAGUGUCAUUCAGGUUGCAGAUCUGUUUUCAGGAGAAUAUCAUGGCAACAUAAUCAAAUUGGACCUCAGCUCAAACUUCAUCCUUCCCACUGACCUGCUCGAGUUCAGCCAAAAGAUUGAAGCGUAUCAUCCUCGUCACCGAUUCACACUGGACCUGCGCUUCAACCCACUAAUUCGUGACCCCGUAGUCAAAGGUCAAGCUCUGCGGAUGCUGCGCCCGUUCUGUGAAGUUCUGACUGAUGAAUGGGACUUCAAAUCGGCCAUGGCAGAUCACGUUAGUGUGAUGUGAAGAGACAUUUAAUGGUAGAGACAUACAGUAACGGAUCUGGAACAGGGUAAAAAAUAAUAAUAAUAAAACUCUAUCCAUAAAAGAUUGAUUGAGUUGCUUACAUGUCAGUUUUGCUAAACAAACUAAGGAUUUUUAUAUCUAAAACAUACAACGUAAAGAUUUUUGGUAAAAUGAAUGCGGAGGAUUUAAGAGAUUUGUUAUCUGACCAUAUACCAACAUUUUAAAAACUGUAUUCAGAAAAUUCCUUGUAUAGUUUCACUUUUAUAAGUUUAAAAAAAUACGUUUGUAUUAUUUUUGGAAUAAAUCCAAUAUUUCUACCAUACAGUAGU